AUGGAGUUAUUUUCACUAUGGACCAAAGCUGUGUUCAUCAACUUGGCCUUGGCUCUUUAUUCUGAAUCUUCUUUCACCAAAUAUUCAACACACAGAAUGGAAAUAGACUGUAAGCCAUAUGCAAAAUAUAUUGACACAUGUACCACAGAGUAUUAUCCAAUCUGUGCAACUAAUGGAAAAACUUAUUGCAAUAAAUGUAUUUUCUGCAGUUCACUGAGUUCCUCCUUAUUAUGGACCAAAAUCAUUUUCAUCCUGGCCUUGGUGUUUCCUCUUUAUCACGAAAAUACUUUUGCAUUUUCAACAAAAGUCCGUCAGAAGCCUGACUGCGACGUGUAUAAGAACUUCCCAAACAGGUGUACCAGGGAAAGGAAUCCAAUCUGCGCAACAAAUGGACAUACUUAUAGCAAUGAAUGUGUUUUCUGCAGUGCCAUGAUAACCUCUAAAGAAAAAUUUAAUUAUCGGCAUCAUGGUCCUUGCUGA